AUGGAGAUCGAAGAAAGACUGUUGGAGCUAAAUAUUAGUCAGAAUCCUCCACCGGUAAAACCGAACGAAUCCAAAGUGAACAUAACACUACCAGCGAUAUCACUCCCGAAAUUUGACAGGAAUCCGCUCAAAUAUAAAAGUUACUGGGACCAAUUUGAUAACUUGGUCCAUCAACAGAGAAUAGCCAACGUCACUAAGCUCACGCAUUUUUUGUCUACACUGCACGGAAUGGCCAAAGCAGCGUUGGAAGGGUUGCCAGUAACCAACGCUAGCUAG